ACCAGAGAUCGCCACCAUUUUUGUUUGCCGCGUGCAUCUCCAACGCCCAUUAAGGGUUCGAUGGCUCCUCCUCCUGCACUUUCCCAUCCAGACUACACUCUUUCAUCCUCCAUCCCUCCUUCAUCAUCCACAACUGGUUCAUCGUCCCCUCAUAAUGUCUGUCGACCUCCAGAUCUACAACGACAAGGUCGUCUGCGGUCAACACAAGAGCGAGGUGUGCUCAGAAUGUAACCAGUCCUUUGCCGAGAUCAACGACCUUGCCCGCCACCUUAAGUCCACCAACGGUCAAGUGCCUCAACCAGGGGCUGUCCUUCCAUUACGUUCGCAGCAGAUUGCAAAGAUGCGUGAGGACGGCAACACUCACUUCCGAGCCCAGCGUCAUCAGGAGGCCAUCACAGCCUAUACCAAUGCUAUCAACAUUGCGUUUGAUCGCCCUCUCUGGGAGCCGACUGGCCUUGCUCGUGAGGAACUGGCCGUCUUGUUGUGCAAUCGCUCAGCAGCCUACAUCGCCCGCAAGGAAUGGGUGAACGCAUAUGUCGAUGCUCAGGGUGUCAUUGAGCUGAAGCGCCCAUGGUCCAAAGGCCAUUUCCGUCUGGGCAAGGCGCUCUUUGGCAUGGGACGCGUUGAGGAGGGCGUUGAGGCCUUGAGAUUGGGACUGAUGUUUGAUCCCGAGAGUGCAGAAAUCCAGAAGGCUCUUAAGGAGGGCGAGGCCACCUUGGCUGCAGAGGAGGCCAACGAUGAGUAGAGCAAUCGACAUGGUCAGGAAAGAUCAUUUGUAUCAUAUCAUAAAAUAAUAAACCCACUUUUUUUGCAGGCGACGAGGGACGAUAUAACAAGAUAACAAUGGCAAUUGACAGACACGGGGGUUGAGAGAUUAGAGAAGAUAUAUCCAUGGUUUCCUU